AUGUCUGCUCCUCUCUCCAAGGAGCUCCGUGAGCAAUACAAGGUACGCUCUAUCCCUAUCGUUAAGGGUGACGAGGUCUUGGUUACCCGUGGUUCUUCUAAGGGCCGUGAGGGUAAGGUCUCUCAAGUUUACAGACUCAAAUACGCCGUUCAAAUUGAGAAGCUCACCAGAGAGAAGGCUAAUGCCGCUACUGUUCCCCUUAACAUCAACGCUUCCAAGGUUGUCAUCACCAAGCUCAACUUGAACAAGGACAGAAAGGCUAUCCUCAAGAGAAAGGGUGGUGUUGAUGUCGAGUAA